AUGAACCGCAUCACAAACGCAUUCUCAGCCGCAAUUCCCUCUGCAAACUCAGAGACCUCUUCCAUACACCACAAAGAGUCCCCACAUAUCUCAUCCCCUCUCGAACCCCCAUUCCCCACCCAUCUUUCAGUGCGUACACCGAACGAGCGGCGCUUAAAUGCGCCCUCAUCUGUGGUCUAUGACGACCCGCGGUCAAUAUAUUACCCUCCUCUUGCGCCGCCGCUCCCAUCGUAUGCUCCUCCGUCUCUCACCCGCCCCUCUCGGCCGACGCUUCUGCGGCAUCUCACAGAUGAAGGGCUUUACUCGCAGCCUCCCUCAUACCGCAGUGCAUCCUCAUCUCAAACCCCCACGCCAAGGGCCAGGAGUGAGAGUAGAGAAAGAAGUGAUAGAGGGGUCAGGGUCAACCUUAUGGCGGCUGCCGCUGGGAGUACUGCCAGGAAAGGCUGGGGGAUGAGCAGCGCGACAGGGACUACGAGAAUGAACAGGAUGGCAGAAGGGCCAAGCGGCAGGUAUGCUGUUGGUGGCGGACAGUAUCUUCGAGUGUUCCACAUAGACGACCCAUCUUCAGGUUCAUCCACCCCUGUCGUCCAAGAAUAUCCCUCAUCCCAUUCCGACCGCAAUGUCAUUGCACGUGGUCCAGGCGGAGCGACCAUCUCUGAAGUCGUCAAUCUAUGGAAAUCAUCCUGGCCCGUCGGCAAGGGCGUCAACGAUCUCGACUGGGGUGUCGCUGCCUGGGAUCAUAAACUUGUAACGGCGACUCCGAGCGGUAAUUUCAUGCUUUACGAUGUGGAAAAGGAAAAAGUAGACAAGGAAAUAUCGAGUGGGUCAUUCAGACCACUGAAUUGUGCGACAUUUUGCCAUCAGCCGGCGUACUGUCAUAUGGUUUUGAUAGGUGGCGCGGACGGCAAUAUCAAACUACUCGACCUGCGUACAGGCGAUCCGCCAUCCCGACGGCCACUGAGGCACUCUUCGGCCAUCACCUCCCUGUGCUUCUCGCCCACCGAUGCGUCUGCAUUUGUCAUAGGUUUAGACGAUGGCACCAUUAAGCGGUACGAUUGGCGUAUGGCGGGAAAGCACAUGGGUACUGCUUAUGGAGCACAUGGAAGUAAAGCAGUGAUGGAUCUCAAGUGGAAAGUGGGGGAUGAAGGAGGUGGUGAAAGCGGGGGUUGGUUGGCCAGUGCUGGUGCCAACAAGAUCGUACAGAUAUGGGACAUGAACCAGUCAUGGGAAAAGGCGCCUUCAUCAACACAUUCACUGUAUACACCACAUCCAAUCCGGCGGAUAGCCUGGCGGCCGAAUCAUUCCACAGAACUUGUUGUCGUCCCCGUCACUCAGCCUUUGUCUACAGCCCAAGGUGUUGACCCUGCCUCCAGUUUACCACGACCGACUGUGGCUCCAAUAGAGUCAAAAGACAAGUCGACCAGGCUGAACGUGCCUAAACUGUUCAAACGUUCGAGCUCUCAGGCUAGCGACAGUCCCACCGAGGAUGAUGAUCCAUUGGAGGACGAUGACGCCGCACACCUCUCCAUCUGGCAUGUUCGUAGACAUCAUGUCGCGAAGUACAAUGUCCCCACGCAGGAUGGCGUCGCGAUCGACGCCGCAUGGAGGGACGAAGGAUCUCUGGUCGUCACUUUUCAGAAUGGCGGCCUGGCGCAGCUGGAUGUAGAAAGAAAGAUCCAUCCAACCUCUCGCAACGCUUCAGGACAAGGACGGUUACCUGUGCCGCUGCCUUUGGAUCAAGUACCGAGACAAGUCUCAAGCUGGAGCUCUAGAGGGGACAUGGCUUUCGCGGUCGACAGGUUUAAAGCUGGAGAAAUUCCCUUCGAUGACCUCAAACCAGAGUAUUCGCGUCCAGUCCCCCACCCUUACAAUUCUUCAUUUUCCAACCCUUAUCAUGUGUCUCGAAUUUCUGACCCCCCCUAUCAUCCGAUCCAAAGCAUCGGCUCUAUACCCCUGCAUUCCUCCCUUCCUUCCCCGCCCGAGACCACGUUCAUGGCAAAAUGGUAUCGAAUGGAAGGAGGAGGAGGGGCAGAGCUUUGCCGGUGGAAUGCGGGGGUUGCAGCUUGGGUUGGAAGGGAGGAUGAUGCGCGAUUAUGGGUGUUUAUGGCAGGUCUCUUCGAAGAGUUCAAGUCAGCGGAGACCCACGCAAAGGCGGUUGGUUUCGAAGACGUAUGGCAGAAGGGGUCAGGUCAAGUGAAGGAGAAGAGGCCCACGACGUCGAGAAACGUAUCACCCAAAGGCGGACAUGCGAGACUUUCCGAGUCUCAAGACCCCGCCCCCCAACGGCAGACACCAAAAUACACCAGUGUCGCUCUUCAGCGCUUCACCCCUCCCCCUUCCCCGCUGCAUUCUCCCGAGAGGUCGACAUCGUCACUACCCUCUUCAUCGUCCGAUGAAGGAUCUGAGGACGACUCGGAAGAAGAGAUAGAAUCGUGGAAACCCAAGUCGAGGUUUGUAACUUUUAUGGAGCCGCAGACUCAAGUAGCCGAGGGAGGCUUGGAGCUGAAAUUACAUGGCGAAGCGAUGAGGCGGGACUCUAGCGGAUCAAGUCAAGGUAGCCCUGUGUUUGAGAGAAAGGGCGCAGGAGAGUCAUCGCCCAUUGCCAUACAUAAUGCUUCUGCUGCGGGACAAGGCAACACCGUUGGCGGGUCUCUAUCUGGAAGUCUUGGUGCUAAAAAAUCACUGUCGAGGAUGUUCUCCCGACCCAACCCGCACGCGCACUCGCAUCAUCAUCAUCACAAGCCCGAUGCGGCUUUCGAUUUCUAUCCCGACCCAUAUGGUAUCAUACCGGAUCAACCCAUGUCAUCGACGACGCUUGUCAUGCCUGGGACCGGCGGAACCACUACAGCGACGGGAUCCUCUGGGUCUUACUCCGGCCCAGGAACUGGUAUGGUCACGGGAGCUGCGGGGCUUGUAAGUCGCGCAAGCACAAGGAGUAGUCCGGUUCUCGCCGCCCUCAGCCUGGGUCUCAAACCCUCACCCAGAAUGGGACUGCUCUCUCUCCCAGGUGGCUCUAUAACAAUACCCACUGCGCAGCUCUCCCAAGCGGCCGGCCUCGCUUCUCAUGAAUACGGCUCUGGUAUCACUGAAGCACCCCUCGCUGGCCGUGGUUCUGGCGAGGGUGCCACUAUCAUUGCACCUGGAGCGAAUGGGGUUGGAGUCAACUCCAGAGUCGGAUCUGGUAGCAUGCUAGGGAAGGAAAUGAGAGGAAGAGAGGAAAAGUUUGAGAAAUCAGAAUGGGAGGAAUAUAAAAGAGGGAGGAUGAAGAGCUUGGAGACCUGGUGGGAUGCUUGUGUCGAUAACGGAGAGGUCCAACUCGCGGCGACGAUUGCAUUGAUAGCGCAACCGCUACAUCAGUUUCCGCCAUUCCAGCUCGAAAGAAUCGCCCACGCAUAUGCUGACGCGCUCGAGUCGCUCCGGUUGCCUCUUCCGGCUUCCUAUAUACGCAGGUUCAGUGGAAUUCCGUCACUGGAAGUCACGGCGCAGGACCAAGGGGUGACACACACCCUCGGUUGCGACCGUUGUGGUAAAAGUACUGGCAGUUUGGAAGAUAUCGGCGUUGAGGGCAAGGUGUUUUGGUGGUGUAAGAAGUGCAAGAUGGGAGCCAAGGAAUGUGCGGUGUGCCGAAAAGCUGUCAAGGGUAUGUGGAUGGGAUGCCGAAAAUGCAGCCAUGGAGGCCAUCAUGCCUGUAUGCGUCUUUAUCACUCCCGGGCGACACUGGUACCCUUCGGUAAAUCACCCAUCGAUCAUACAAAUCAUUAUCAACAUCAGCAGGGUGUUCAGGCCUCGCACAUAUCGUUCAGCUCCGCCGGGGCUGCAAGUGGCGCGCAAUCGAUUAAUGCUUCAACCGCUGGCCUAACUUCGGGCUACAAUGCUAGCGCUGUCUCCGGCUAUACUCAAUCUGGCACGGAUGUCAGCAGCACCGAUGUAGACGGCGACGGGUUGACCGAGCCAGAUGAUGAAAGCGAGCCAGGGUUGGGCAAUCUGGAGAACAACGGAGGCUUUGCGCUCUGUCCCGCUGGCUGUGGGUGUCGGUGUAGAAAAGUUUGCCCACUCAAGCCUGCUGUCAAUACGUGA